AUGUCUACGAGUGCGGAAUUCAGAGAUCUCAACCACUUCAUCGACCAGGCGGGCGCGGCCGCAUGGCCCAUCUUCAUAAUUGCGACAAUCGUCUUCAUUUUGCGAACGAUUUCUCGUGUCUUCUACAGCAAAGCAUCACUGGAUUGGGAAGACUAUGUUAUUUCCAUUUCAUGGGUCCUGGACGUCGUCCGCAUGGUCACGUUCCAACUAGCAUUGAGCGCAACUCGCAAAGUUGAUCUAAACGACCUGGCCGGCACUCUACCCAACGCUUCCUUCUGGAGCCUGUUCACGGACGCCUGGUCAUUCCUCAGCGUCACGUCUCCGAAGGUUGGUGUCGCGUUCCUGCUCGUGCGAAUCUUCCGACCGCGAAAAUGGGUCGCCAACACUAUUCUGGGAAUGUCCAUUGGGCUUUUUAUUGUGUGCAUUGCUGGAUUCUUCAUUUGCUUCGUCCAGUGCAAUCCAAUCGCGGGGCAAUGGGACCCGUAUAGCCACCCGAAAACAAAAUGCUGGCCUCGCAAUGUGCAAGUCGACUACUCCUUAAUGGGAAGCUCAACGUCCGCGUUUCUCGACCUGGUUUUCGCUCUCUACCCAGGCUUCGUCAUCUGGGGACUGCAGCUCCCGCUAUGGAAGCGAUUGAGCACCAUGGGCUUCAUGUGUCUCGGUGUAGGAGCCUUCGCCUUCGCUGUGGUCAAAGUCACCAGCAAUACGACUCUCCUCGGCGAGCCCACAGUCACGGAAUUCGCACAGAAGGCGUUGCACAUUGCGCUGUGGAACAGCAUUGAGAACGACUUCGUGAUGCUCGCUGCGUGUCUCCCUUCUGUACGCCCUGUGCUGAGGCAGCUUGGCUUGUUUACUCGAACGCACCUCUCGACGAGCAGGCCGACACGCAUGACGUCUCCCUCGAUAUCUGAGCGCUCUCUUCGGCGUGGGGACCACGGCGAGCCGUAUGAUGGUCGCGCGGUGGAGUUGGGGCAUCAUCCGCGCUCGAUGAACAAGUCGAUCCAGAUUAAGCAUGAUGUUUCGCUAGAGUGGGAGCAGGCAAAGCCAAACUUCAGCAAUCCUUCCUCCCAGGUAUAG